AUGCGUGGGUGGCAGGUCCACGUGGCAUACAUGCUUGUUCUCCUGGCGGCCAACUGCGUGUGGUACUUUGCGGGCUAUGCCUCACUCACAGAGGUUCUCGUCCCGGCUGAUGCCCUGCCCAAGACCACGGGCGUGUCGAUGGCGGUCAUUGCCAGCGGCGGCUUGGUGCCGGAUCACGUCCACGAGUCCAAGAUGGAGGUCUUUGUUGUUGUCGCUGCCGACGAGGCCAGCUUACUGAGCGUCCGUGGCAGCGAUGGCGGAGAGGUACAACUGGAUGUCGGCGAUGCGGUCGUCUUCUAUCCUGGCGUCCAGCACGGCCUGCGCAACAUCGGGCCCGGCGAUGUAACGGUCAUGUACUUUGGGCUGGUGUAG